UGCGAUUUGGUCAUUCAUCGUAUGUACCUACGUACUUUCUGUUUAGAUUUUAUAAAAUUCUUUCAAGCUUGUAAUUACUAAUAUUAUAAUCCCAAUCGUUUGCGUAACUCUCUGUAUACCAUUUGCACUUAAUUCAUAUAAACAAACAUGUCUGCAAACAUACCCGAGUGCCCUCCAAGUUUGAAACCAAUUCAGCAUUACCUAAAGACCGCAGCUGAACAUGACGCUAGAGAUCCGGUUGUGGCGUACUGGUGCAGACUACAUGCACUCCAAGUGGGCCUUAAACUUACUUCAAAAAAGACACCAGAAGAAACUAAACUCCUCAUGGCUCUUAUGGACUGGUUAGAGGAAACCAAGAAGAAUCAGAAAGAAAAUGAGGCGAUCAGCAAUGACGUGGCCGCCCAAGCUCACCUGGAGAACUAUGCCCUCAAACUGUUCCUGUAUGCUGACAAACAGGACAGGGAACAGAACUAUGGAAAGAACGUUGUGAAAGCAUUCUACACAGCGGGCAUGAUAUACGACGUUCUCACCACAUUCGGUGAGCUGACUGACGAGGCCGCGCAGAACAGGAAGUACGCCAAGUGGAAGGCGGCCUACAUUCAUAACUGUUUGAAGAAUGGCGAGACCCCAGUGCCAGGACCAAUGCCAACCGAAGAAACACCUAACGAAGAGGCCCCAGCGGACAGCAAUCCCGACCCACAACCAGGUUAUGCAGCACCACAAACACCCGGCUUCCUACCCGUGAACCCACCCCCAACAGUACCGUCUUCAUUCCCCACCGUCCCAUCAAGUUUCAAUAACAGUCUACCCGACGCCAACGCCGCCAUGAGAGCAGCUUCACAAUUACCACCAGUUCCAUACACGCCCGAUCCGAACCCAGGCGGUUUCGUCCCCUAUGACCCGACACAGCAACCGGUGACCCCGCCCACAACAGUGUACAGCAAUUCCUCAGUUGCCCAGCUAACACCGGAGCAAAUAACGAAAGCCCAGAAGUAUUGCAAGUGGGCGAACAGUGCUUUGAACUAUGAUGAUGUACAGACAGCGAUCACGAACUUGAGGAACGCGCUGGAACUGCUGCAGACUGGACGGGACCCGGCUUAAUGUGUUAAGUAUAAUACGUAUAUGUAUUUGUACAAUGUUCGGGUCAAGUGUUGCUGUUAAAAAAUCAACGACUUCGCAUGACAAGAUGGCCGACGUAAAACAACAAAAUUUGUUCUGAUAUUUUCGUUUUACAUUUAUAUGAAUAUAAUGUGUAACGCAUAGAUGCGUCGUAUGUGAAUAGAUUUACAAAUAAUUUGUAACUAAUGUGUAUAUAUAUAUAAUGAUAUGAUAAUAUAUGAUGAUGAAAAUAUAUAGGUAUAUAGGAGUUUUGACAAAACUUGAACAAAUGUAGUUGUCUAUGGUAGCCAUCAAUAUAAUACCCAAUGAGGUCGUUGAUAUUUUACAAGUGACCAUGUAUGCACAUUGGAUUUUGCGUAGUCCAUUCUGUAGGGUUUAUCAUAGUUAUUCAUUGUUUAAAGCAAUAGAUAUGAAGGUACUAAGUGUCAGCGCUCACUGCCGGCAUGCGGUGUAACGGCAAAAGUUUUUAUUACUACAUACAUAUAAUCACGCCUAUGUCCCUCGCGGGGUAGACAGAACCAACAAUCUUGAAAAGACUGAUAGGCCGUGUUCAUCUGUUUGGCUUAAUGAUAGAAUUUAGAUUCAAAUAGUGACAGGUUGCUAGCCCAUCGCCUAAUAGAAGAAUCCCAAGUUAAGAAGCCUAUCCUUUAGUCGCCUUUUACGACAUCCAUGGGAACGAGAUGGAGUAGUCCUAUUCAUUUUUUAUUGUUGCUGUAACCACACGGCACUUUAUUACUAAGUAUCUUAUUUUAACGAGUUUCGGAAUUCAUCAUUUCGCGGCACCAUGCACCUUUAUUAAGAUACCACGGCGCCACGCCGGCCCUUAAAAUCAAGCAUUUUCAAGAUAUGCUAACUAUACGCGACUGACAUGUAUGAACAUGCUGUAAGUACGAUUAGACUGGCACGUUGUAGGUACAUUUUGGUGUAAACUAUUAAUUUAACGUCUUUACUCUAGUAAAAAAAAGCAAAAUUUGGUGAAAUUAUCCUAAGAGCUUCAUAUAAUAGUGCAUUUAUCCUAUAACCGAAUUCAUGAUUACCUAAACAUCACCUGCAAGAACAUUUGUGCCUCAAAUCUCAUUAAGGUGCUUCACAAUACGACAUAAGCUUUUUCACAUAGUAAGCCUUCUCUUGAUAAGGAUUUUUUUUCUAGUUUUUACAAAGUUCGUACAAAUUAAGUACAAAAAUGUUGACCUAGGUUUGGAUGGUUAGUGAAAUAAAUUGGAACGUUAUAUAAGUAGGUUGCGAGUGUUGCGACCAAAAUCGAUCUUACCUAAUCGACCAAAAUCGAUCUUUCCUAAUCGAACAAAAUCGAUCUUAUCUAAUCGACCAAACUCGCAAGUAAAUGAUAUAAAAAAGGGUUUUAAAUUAGGUUCACCACCCCCUUCUUUGAAUGAAUUAACUUUCAAAAUAAUUGUACUUAAUUAGUACACACCUCAUUAAUUUAAAUGGCCUGAGGAUGAGUCUGUAGCACUUUAAAAUGUGUUUUAAACAGGUUCUAAUUUUUUGACAGAUCGGCAGAUGUUUUCUAAUAGUAACGAAAGUUGUUGUAAAAUAUUGUAUAUUAAAAUAAUUAUGAAGAAAUUAAAACUUUAUUUUUAUAGUUUGCAUAAUUUAUCAAGCUGUUGCAUACAACAUUGUAAUUAUAUUUUAGUUUUUAUGUAAUU